AUGAGCAAAGAAUUUUCAAAUAGUGAUGAUAGUUUAGAAGAAUUAGACUUAUCAGAAGAUGAAUAUAAUAAUAAUUUAUACAACUUCUUAGUGAAUAUUAAUUUAGAUUGGCCUUCUCAAACUGUUGUUUAUAAAGAGAAUAAAAUUUAUGUUGGUUUAAAUCCUGAUGUUGAACAUUCUAAUGAAGCUUGUAUACAAGAAAUUACUUUUGAAGAUAAUUCUAUUGGUAAGAUUAUUAAUGUUAAAUCAACUGUAGUGUCAGAACCUAUUAAUAGAAUUAGAUUGAAUGAUGAGUAUAUUUACGCAGUUUCUGAUAAUAAGCUUAUGAUUUUUAAUUUUGAUCUAAAGCUAAUUAAGGAAAUUUCUAAUCAAUAUUCAUAUGGAUUAUUUGUUGAUAAUGAAUACCAAUACGUGGGUACUAAAAAUGGAAUGAUUGAUGUAUAUAAAGGUCUUGAACUAAUAAAAAGUUUAACAAUUCAUGAAGAUAAAAUUGAAUCAAUCGUUGUUAAUGAAUACUUGUAUACAGCGUCAUGUGAUAAAACAGUUAAAAUUAGUACUCUUGAGGGUGAAAAUUUAAAAACUUUUACUAAUGAUUGUGAUGUUAAUACAAUCAGUGUUUGGGAUAAUAAAAUUGUAUUUGGUGAUGAUAAGGGGGUUAUUACAAUUGUAAAUGGUGAUAAUAAAGAACAAAUAAAAGGUAGUGAGUGUCCAAUUGAAACUAUUAAAUUUAUAGAUGAUGGGGUUUUUGUUAGUGGAAAUGAAAAAAAAGUUUGUUUUUGGGAUUUAAAUCUAUUAAAUGAUUCAAGAAUGACUAAAUAUCUAUUGUUUGUUCAUUCUAGUGAAAGUUUUUAUAAAGAUAUUGCUUUAAUAGAAGAAAAUAAAAUUGCUAUAUCUUCUAAUAAUGGUAUUAUAAUAUGUUCACCAAUUUCUCUAUCUAAGAUUGAUUAA